AUAUUUUUAUCAAUAUUUUUCCACUUAUUCCGCAAAAUCUCUAAGGAAUUAUGCCUUGCUUGUUUAUUUUUAUAUAAUGGGUUAGACACAUCCCAAAGGCAUGGCAAGUCUUUACAUAUAUCUAAAAUCUCCUCCAUUACUUCCCGUUCAGAUCGAAUAGACAUAAUAUUGUCGUCAUGUUGCUCCAUCUUCUUCUCAAAAGACAAGUCAACGCACACUCCCGCCCCGCUCUGAACGCCGCUUGCACAGUGACUACUUUCCGGUAUAUUAUACUACUCUUUGGUGACUACGUUAAAAAAUUGGCCAGUUAGCGUCCAAACCACUCAAUUUGAUUGGGCAAUCCGGAAUCGGGCGAUACCGACCAUCCAAUGACCUUCAAUUUCAUAUUUCCGUCCACACAACACAAUUCGAUUGUCCAUCUAAUCAAAUUGGACGUAAAAUUGUAUCGUGUGGAAGCCACUUAACACUUGACAUUGGCUAAAUGCACAAGCCGUGCGAAGCCAUUUAGAAAAAAAAAGAAAGAAAAGCAAGAUCGAGAUGAACCGUGUUUACUCGCAUUAUUUUUGAUUUAUAUUUGUAAUAUAUUAGGUCUUGUGCAUAUAUAUAUUGAAAAUGUUUAAAUUACUUGGUCGUCAAGGUUGUCGCAGUGCUGUCACUAAACUGUUUUGUGAAAAGAUUGAGGUUAGAAACACAAAAAUUUAUUAUGUAUACUCUACAGCAAAUGCAGUGCGAUUUGCUUCAACUGGUGGAAAUGAUAUUGGCAAAGCUACUACUGUUGUAGAUAAUAUCCCGGAACCUCCGCCUGUACCAGAUCCUGAGACUUUUAGCCAGUUGAAUGAGACUGUUCAAUCUUUAGCUGCCAAUGGUGAGCCUACUUUUGCAAGCUUAGGUCUUGGUGGUUGGAGCCCUGUAGGACUUGUACAAAACUGCUUAGAGUACUUACACAUUUCUCUAGAUGUACCCUGGUGGGGAGCCAUUGUUAUAGGCACUGUAGUUGUUAGACUGGUUAUGUUUCCUCUGGUAAUAAUGUCUCAAAGGAACACGGCGCUCAUGAAUAAUAAUCUACCAGAGAUUCAGUUACUGCAAAUGAAAAUGACUCAAGCAAGACAAACUGGUAAUCAGUUGGAAACAGCGCAUUAUGCACAAGAAAUGAUGGCAUUCAUGAAACAAAAAGGGUUAAACCCUUUGAAAAAUGCCUUGGUUCCCUUAGCACAAGCUCCCCUUUUUAUAUCAUUUUUCAUGGGAUUAAGAGGUAUGGCUAACUGUCCUGUUGAAAGUAUGUCAUAUGGAGGGUUGUGGUGGUUUGCAGAUUUGACUGUUCCUGAUCAAUAUUUUCUGCUACCUAUUUUGACCAGUGCCACAAUGUGGGCAACAAUCGAGCUUGGUGUAGAUGGUGCUCGACUUGAUGCACAGAAUAUGCAACUGAUGAGGUAUUUCCUAAGAGCUAUCCCUUUUGUUAUGAUACCAUUUACAGUUAAUUUUCCAGGAGCUAUUUUGGUUUACUGGUGCUCCAGCAAUUUCAUAUCUCUUGUGCAAGUUGGGUUUCUCAAAAUUCCAGGAGUUCGUGAAUACUUUAAGAUCCCUAAAUUGAUUAGUCACAGUGCUGACACACUACCAAUGAAAAAGAAGGGCUUUGUUGCUGGAGCAAAAGAAUCAUGGACAAAUAUGAAAAUUACAAAAGAGCUUGCAGAGAGACAGAGAGUUGAUGAAAUGAUUUUCACGAGAGCAGGAAAAGGGCCACUUCAGAAGACCUACAAAUAUGACCCUACAAAAUUAACAAAUAUUCAAGCAAAGUCAAAAUAGGUUUUAGUUACAAUGAUGUAGCCUCUUACUAUUAUACUUGGAUUAAAAGUGAACUACUGUUUUAUUUUCUCAUGCAAAGUCACUUUUAUAUUAAAAACUAAUUGUAAAUAUAGCAUAGAUUUUUAGAUUGACUGCUUUCAUAUAAUAAAUAAUGCAAUCAAUACAACUUAUAGCAUUUUUUUCCUAUCUGAUACAUUUUCUUAGAACUACCUUAUUACAAACCAUAGACUAAAGUUAAACCUGGACUAAAACUAAUGCUGGCACUUUUGUUUAGAGAUAGGGCUGCCAUCUCUAAAAUGUGGCAACCAGGAUAAGACGCGUGAUAACCCCGGAUUUUGGAGCCCAGAACCCGGACAGACCAAUAAAAAAACAGUUAAAAAUGUCACAAAUCAACUUUUUUAUGUUGAUGUAGGCAAAACAGCUAGGUCUACCUCAUAAUAAGUGGUCACUGCUGCCCAUGGACACUUGCAGCACCAAGGGCCACUCAUGCGUUAUUGACGGACUAUUUGGCAACCCAAAACAGGAAUUUUUUAAACCCGGACUACAAAUGAAACCCCGCCCGGACGCUCCACGGACGCCCCGUAAACUAGGACAAAUCCGGACGGAUGGCAGCCCUAUUUAGAGACAACAAUAGGUUUAAACGAAGACUAACUCUAGUCUCUGUUUUGGAAUAAGGGGGUAUAGUUUAGAACUAGGAAUUAAUAUUAGGUUUUUGUUUUGUUGCUUUCCCAUGUCUUGACCGUCAUAUAUUACUGUCCUGAGAUUAGUGAUAUGCAGUGGUCUUUUGUCUUGAAAUAGCAAGACAAAAGUGAUUCUACGUGUGUUGUCAGCUAUUCCGUACAGAUGGCGCCAUAUACCUAAGGCAUCGAGAACCGAUUACAUUUUCGGAACCGGUUCUUUCGGUUCCCUUUAAAACACAGAACCGGGUACCCGGUUCUUUCGGUUCUUUGGAGGUAAGUAAUUUAUUUAAAGGCUAUUUGAUCAAAUAAUGAGGUACUUAUUCAAAAUCAAUGAAUAUUUUUCAUCAAUAAUCAUGUUUUAUUUAUUACAAGAAUCUUUAAAAAUUGCAAUGUUAACACAAACCAUCGAUUCUUAAAUACUGAAAUUAAUAACAUUUAGUUCAGUUCACAGUAUUUAUCAAUUAAAUCAGAUUGGAUAUGUUUUUGAAGAAUUUCAUUUUUAGUGGGGGAAGGUUUUGACCACUUUUCGAACUUUAGAUAUAAGAUCAUGAUAUCUGAAUGACUGUUGAGGUCUGGAUUCUGGAAUAAGCGACUCGUUAUUGAAACGGGCGCCAUCUUGAUCAUCAUUUUCUUCUAUGUCAUUGGCGCUAUUGUCAAUUUCGUUACUAAUUUCACCUCUUCGCAUAAGUAAGGCUAUUUCUGUUAGAGUUAGAGUCAUAUUGACUUCGAUAUCAUUUUCUUGGUCGUCGACUACACGCGGCAAAUUGGUGUCAUCGUCAGAGUCUUCAUUGCGUUUGUACAUAACAUCCAUGAUUGCCAGUUGAAUGGCGUAAGCAAUACAUAACUUAUGGCAGGACUUCAGAUGUUUAUCAAAUGCAACCAUUAGGCUCCAACAAACCAUCGGUUGUCUGGCCGACAAUAUCUGUGCCUAAGCGUAAUCCAUAUUCAUCUAACUUGGAUUGGAUUAAUUGGACGCAUUUUUCUGCAUUCAUGGAACCGUUAAUUCUAAUUAGUCCCAAGUUAUGAAAUGCACAUUCUCUUAAAAUUUUUGGUGAAUGCAGUAUUAAACUAGACUUAGGCUUUGGAUACGAGACUUUUGAGCUUGCGUGGGUAAAAAAAGGGUUUAAAAUAAUAACCGAAAGAACCGUUAGAAUCGUUAGAACCGGGUUUUUACAUCUGAGAACCGGUUCUUUUAGAUACUCCCAGAACCGGGUUUUCCCGGUUCUUUCGGUUCCGGGUAGAACCGGUUCCGAUGCCCUACAUAUACCUACCUAGUAAAGAGUAAAAUAUGUUUGCCAUGUUUAAUGUUUAGUUUUAUAAUUUGUUCUAAUUAGGACUAUUAAAAUGAAAUGCCACUAAAUAUAAAGUAUUAUUUAACCUAUAUGUAUAUGUCGUGGCCAUAUCGUAGAUUUGAUCACUUCAUGAAAUGCUCGAAAAUUUCAUGAAAUGGUCGCAUUUCAUGAAAUGUUUCACUAUCUAUUGGCCACAUCAUGAUGUGGUUUGGGCAGAUCAAUGAUGAGAAAUCGUUACACGAUAUGGCCAACUAAACGCGUGGCUACUUCAUGAAAUGGCAAAAAUUAUUUGAUCAUAUUGUAAAGUAGUUACAUUAAUUACCGGUAGAGGCGCUGCAAGCGCUUUGUUUAUAUAUAUAAGGCCGCUGCCGACAAUGUUGUUUCUCGCAGUGAAAAAGUGCAUAAUUCGUUAUUUAAUGACGAAGAAAGUUAUCAAAAGGGUUUUCGACGAAACAAAUUAAGGAGAGUAGGGUGACUACGCAAAAGAAAUCUAUGGACUAUUACUGGCUGUCAAAAUAUGACAUUUUGGAAACUGCGGUUGAGGUACAAAGUGCGGAUGAGAAUCAAUGCCGUACAAAGAUAUACUGUAAAACUGUACUUCUAGGGCCCAAGAGGUGAUACUUGAUUUUUUUUUGUAGAAAAGGUCUCUUUAAUGGAGUUUUUUUCUGGCGCUUCGCCGGCCGCUGCCGCGGCACGCCUGCUUUGCUCGCUCGGCUCGCGCGUCAUGGUCACAACACUAACCUAACCUAGAGUGAAGUAUUACCGUUUGGGCCCUGGAAGAACAGUUAAGCUUACUAUUGUAAUAUGUACCAAAGUACCUUAUUAUUUCUCAAUAUUAAUUGAUAGUUUUCUAAAUAUAAAUGUGUAAGUUCUUGACAUGUUUGAUGUUUAAUUUAGGAAAAAAAAAUCUUUAAUUUGUUUAUUUUGUUACAAAAAUUUGAUUAAAUUUGUUUGUGUCAUUCGGACUUAAAUAACAAUAAACAAGUUCUUACAUAUUCUGGAUUUUUAAUAAAUAUUUUAUGGACACCCUAAUUAUACGAUCCGGCCAAAUGUGGAUGACCAAAUCGUUAAAUGUUGACGAUUUAAUGAUCUGGUCAAAUUAAGUUGGCCACAUCAUGAAAUGUGACCAUUUCAUGAAGUGAUCAAAU